UUCGACGGACUCCUCACGUACCCCCGAAUGAACCCGCGGUUUAAACACCAGGUACACCGGGUGGUGGGCAGACGGUUAUUCCGGAGCAGGUUGCAGUUCCUCGCCGUUCAGUCGAGUGCCGGCCUCUCACCGUGAAACGUUUCGUUCCUCUCUCGAGCGACGGCUCGCGCGUUCCCCUCGCCGUUCCCCUCCUGCUCUCGACCAGGUAACGAAGGUAAAUUUCCGCGUCAGCCGCCGGCGAGGCAUCACCGAGUCGGUUCUACGAAGCGGCCUCGCGAAGGGUAAUGCGAACCUCGAGCGCGCUGCUCAAGAUCACGUGGAUACACGCGACGGAAACCUGCGAGGGAAACAUGGACCGAUAGACGACAGGACGGGGCCGCGUGACAUGAGAGAACGACUGCGAAAAUGAUGAGGAGGAGCGGCAUGAACGGACGAGGAGUCGUCGACGGCGGCGAAGGAGCGCUGGUCCUGCUCCUUGUCGCAUUGGCUCCUGUUAUCUGCUCCGCCGGAAUCCUGGACCCUUGGCAGUGGGCGCGCAGCGAUCGGAUCGAAGUCAACAUACCUUGGCUGCCUUUCGAGAACGAGACGCGCUGCUACGACGAGCUCGGCUGCCUGAACAUCACCAGGAGCUGGUAUCACCUCAUUCAUCGACCUCUCAAUGUUUUCCCGUUACCGCGCGAAGUCAUCAACACCAGAUUUAUCCUCUACACGAAUCAGAAUCCGCUGGAUGGUCAAUUAUUGAAAGUGGCCAAGGAUAAAUCCAUCGAAAACUCCAACUUCAAUCCUAAGCGAAAAACCAAAUUCAUUAUACAUGGCUUCAUAGACACACCACUCAGCAAUUGGGUCAAGGAGAUGAGGAGCGAAUUGUUGGAGCACGGCGAUUAUAACGUUAUCGUGGUCGACUGGGCGGGUGGCAGUCUACCUUUGUACACCCAAGCAACGGCGAACACGAGAUUGGUCGGCCUCGAAUUGGCUCAUCUCAUCAAGCACUUACAAACAAAUUACGGCCUGGACCCGAAUGACGUGCAUUUGAUCGGGCAUAGUCUGGGUGCUCACACGGCUGGUUAUGCGGGUGAAAAAUUGGGCGGCAAUAUCGGACGCAUCACCGGCUUGGAUCCUGCGGAACCGUAUUUCCAGGGAAUGCCGAGCCAUCUUCGUCUGGAUUACACGGAUGCCCGAUUGGUGGAUGUAAUCCACACCGACGGAAAGAGCAUAUUUUUCUUAGGCCUUCCAGGAUACGGAAUGAGCCAGCCAUGCGGGCAUCUGGACUUCUAUCCGAACAACGGCAAGGAGCAGCCCGGUUGUACCGAUCUGAGCGAGACGACGCCGUCGCUGCCGCUCACCCUGAUACGGGAAGGCCUCGAGGAGGCCUCGCGCGUCCUGGUCGCCUGCAACCACGUGCGCGCGCUCAAGCUCUUCAUCGAGAGCAUCAACUCCAAGUGCCAGUACGUGGCGCACGAGUGCUCGAGCUACGCGAGCUUCCUGCGCGGCGAGUGCUUCUCCUGCAAGAGCAACAACAGCCUGAGCUGCGGCGUGAUGGGCUAUCACGCGGACACCAGCCCGGCGUUGGUGAAACGCCAGGCCAUGGGACAGGACAUCUCGUCCCUGCUGGGCUCGAAAUUCUUCUUCAUGACCGGCAAGGAGGAUCCGUAUUGCAGAAGGCAUUACAGAAUCACCAUCAACCUUGCCCGACCGCCGACCGCGGAGAGCUGGGUACAGGGCUUCAUGAAAGUCACUCUCCACGCUGACAAAGGCGUGAUACGCAAUAUGGAUCUCACGCCCAGCGGCUAUAUGAAACUGGAGCACGGUUCGACCGCGCGGAUGGUCGUGGCCCAUCCGACCGGUUCCAUCGGCAAUAUCGGCAAGAUCAGGCGGGUCGAGCUCUCCUGGGUCUACGACAUGGACGUGCUGCAGCCCAGGUCCCUCUGCUUCUUUUGGUGCAACGACCGCCUGUACGUUAAUAGCGUCAAAGUGGACGCCAUGGAUCUUCCGGGCAGAGGGAAACGGGAGGCAGUAUUUCUCCAGUAAGCUAUGCUCGGCUGGCAGGCAGGAAUACGCAGAGAUCGCGAGCGGAUCCACCGCCACGUUCAUCGACAAUUGUUGACGAUCCGUUCCACGGCGGGAAAUCGCAUUUCGGGCGCGUCGGAUAAUUAUAAAACGCCAAACAGCUGCUUCCAUCCGGAGGCAAUUCUCGAAAGUCGGAUGAUGAUGAUGAUGAUGACGAUGAUAGAAACGAAGCAGGAGAAUCGCAGUCCCUCGUAAUCUUCGUAAUUUCUUUCGCCGGCGGUACACGCGGCGGGAGAAACAUUUUAUGUAUUUGGCCUUCUUUCUCUAUUUAUCGCUACCAAUCUGCCGCUUUCUUCAAAUGCGGCCCGGCGGCACGAGCUAGCACCAAUUAACGCUUCUACGAGACUUUUAUUGGACUCGCGCGCAAGAAAAUUUGAUGCAAUUCGCCGCUUUACGCGAUACGCCUAUAAUCGAGUUCCUAGAGAUUUGUCCCGUCGGCCAAGAUUAGAUCCUAAUAAUCGCGCUUAAUAGCGCGAUUGACACGUGACGAUUGCGAAAGUGUUUCGUAGGAAAUGAAAUUUUUUUAGCGAGCAGACAUCUAGAAUUUAGAUGCGAAAUUAGACGAGUCAGCUUGUAACAGAAAGUCUAAUUUAUCGCUUUGCUUUUUUUUGAUAACGAUUUUUUUUCAGUAUUAAUAUUGAUCAAUUGCUAUGUACAUGUUGUAUAUAACAGUAGAUGUAACAUGUUAAAACUAAUUUCUUAUGGAUGUUGAUUAUCGCUAGAGUCUUCAGUGAUUGCUAAUAUAAGGCUCUUACUAAGCCAAUCUAUGUAUUAUACAUGUUGAUACAUAUAUUCUUUUUUGUGCACGCGAUGAUAUGAUUAUCAUAUUGUCUUUCGCAAUACGCAUAUGAUAGUAGGUUGUGAUAUUCUCUUAUAACUUAAUAACCAUUUAAAAAAAAA